AUUUGUAUUUCCCCAAACCCGAUUCUAAACAAAAAUUUAGAAGAAAGAGAAAAUUCUGUAAACAAUAGUACAUAAUUUUAUUUUUAUUAAAAUUAAAAUAUGUACGAGAAGUCCCAAAAAUUAGGACGGGGCGGCGGAGCUCGCGGCGGAAGCUCCCUCACUAAGAGAAACUCAUUCCCACCUCCGCCGCCACUUCACCGACCACCAUCUAUCCCCGGCAGUCGACGUUCUAUCACCUUGCAUAAACCCUCGCCGGCGACACCUUUCCUGGCGACAUCCUCUUCUCAACCUGAUGAAUCCUUCAGUCUCAUAUCCGGUGAUUCUCUCUCUUGCGUGGCCAUCAUCCGUCUGGCUCCUAAUCUAGUAGAUGAGAUCAAACGUAUUGAGUCUCAAGGCGGUGCUGCUCGUAUUAAAUUCGAUUCUAACCCUACUAAUUCUUCGGCCAAUGUUAUUGAUGUGGGUGGUAAGGAAUAUCGAUUUACAUGGGCGCCUGAAAUGAAUGCCCUUUGUGACAUUUACGAAGAAUGUCGGAGUGGGGAAGACGGUAAUGGUUUACUUGUUGAAUCUGGGACUGCAUGGCGCAAGCUGAACGUGCAGCGUGUCUUAGACGAGUCCACUCAGAAGCAAGUCAAGGAGAGAACUGAAAAAUAUGAGCAAAAACAAAAAUCACGCAAGGCUAUAGUCUUGGACAGAUGCAAUCCUUCAUUGAAGAGUCAAAUGCAAAAAUCAGCUGCUAUGGACGCUAAUCUAUGGAAGUUAAAAACAAACAACAAUAGAUUUUUUGAGCCAUUGCAAGUCGCCAGCCAACCUGCACCUGUGAAGUUAACUACUGCAAAGGCAAGGGGUUCAACAUCACCUCUGACAUCACUCAAGAACCAGCCUGUUUCUUGUGCAUCUGCUUCCCUAAGGGGUGAUGUUACAGAAAGUCAAACUGUUGCAGAUAAUCCUACACCUAUCCAAGCGAGGGCAAAAGACAAUUUUGUUAACUCUAAGAAAGACUUUUCUGCCCAAGUUUCUGCCGGGAUGCUAGAAGCAGCAAUGCUCAAGAAUGAUCAAGUAACUGACAUACCGGAUCUCCAAAACUCACUUAUAACAAUAUUGAAGAAGAAUCCUAAAGGAAUGAGCUUAAAGGCAUUGGAAAAAGCUGUUGGGGCAUCAGCUUCUGCCCACAAAAUUGAACCCAUCCUUAAGAAAAUUACUACUUAUGAACCUUCUGGAAGAUAUAUUUUGAAGUCAGGGGUGGAGCUGGAGACUAUGAAGAGUUGUCCUGAAGACCAUAACCAGAAGCAGCUUAUUCAUGAAGACAACCAUGGUGAAUUACAAGCUCCAGAUUCAGGAUACACAGGGAAAUCCCCAGAUGAGGAAUUGGAGAAACAUGUGCAGAAAUUUGACAAGGAGUCAAAUAUGGUCGAAAAAUACGGUGCCUCACUGCAUAACCCUGCUCUUUUUGACGAUAAAAACCACCCUGAGCACAGUGGAGGGCAAACACCCAGAUCUAAUGACAGCAGUGACACUGAUACCGAUAGUGACAGUAGUGACAAUGGCAUCAAUAGUCCAAGCCAAAGUAGAAGCAGAAGCAUGAGCCCAACAAGAACUGGAAGUGCUAGUAGCAGUGAUAGUAAUGGUGAUGAUUCUUCUUCCGACAGCAAAGAAGCAUCUGCUGUGGAUGUUGAUAUAAUGAGCAAUGGUGAGAAAGAACUUGAAAAGUUGCAAGAAACUGAACAUGGGUUAUCUAAAGCAUCCGUUUCAUGGAGUAUGCCUGAAUCUAUGCCCCAACAAGAUAAAAGAACUGGAGAUCAAAAUGGCUAUGCAUCUGAGGAUGUUGAUAUCGAUAUUCUUGAUGAUAAUGAAACUCAGCAAGUGACCCCUCAUAAGCUUAGUAUAGCUACUGAGAAAUUGAUAACCUUGUCAUCUGAUCAUUAUCAAAAUCAACCAUGUAAUGAGACAAAUGUUAAUGUGCAAGUGGACUUGGAAGAUGAAUUUGAAUAUGAACAUAAAUUUGCUAAGUCUGUUACUAAGUCUAAAAGAAGAUCCAAAGACAUACAAUUUGAGCAUAAUGCUGACCGUGCCAAAAGAUUUAAAUCAAAUGCUGCUCAGUCAGUACCUUCUAGUCAUACGUCCUAUAUCUUUGGGAGUUCGCCAAAAAGCUUGGCUUGUAUAGUCAAUGAAGACAAUCGUGAGAACUAUACUAUUAAAGUGUCGGAUCAGCUUAACAAGCAUGAUGAUGUGACUGCACAUCCGUAUUUACAGACUAAUAUCUUGGGUAAAUCUGCUGUGGAGUCUCUGCAGUCAGAUCGAAGGCUUGCUGCACAUCUCUAUAAUAAUGUUGAACCUUCAGACAAAGUUUUCAAGAACCCUCCAAAAUUGGGGGUAGAUCUAAAACUCUCAGAGACAAAUGUUUAUACACAAGAAUGGUCUAUGAAACAUGUAAACAAGGGUUUUCAAAAGGUUCGAGAUGAAGAGGAUAGUUCAAAUGCAAAAGCAAUGGGUAAGGUCAAAGACAAUCCUCUUGCUCAGACACAUUUAUCAAAUCCUGAGUCCCAUUAUAGAAAGUAUAAUGAACGAGAUAGAAAGUCUCAUUUACUAGGAACUUCAUGGAAUGGAAAGUCUUCAUCGAAGAAUAGUGGCAAGGCUGUUAUUGAUAGGUCUCCCGCUGACAAGAGAAGACUUCAAAUAGAACUUUCGAACAUGGAGCUGGGUGAACUUUGUGAGCCCUUGCCUGAGGAACCAGAUGGGGCUAAAAGGCAGAGAGUAGACUCAUUGAUGCAGUCAGAGACGAAAUUAGGCAUUUCAGGUUCUCGGAUUGCAGAGCUGAAAGGUAAAUCCAUGAGCAAGCCAACUGCCGAUUCUGGGAACACUACACCCCUUAAUGAUAAAAUAGCUCCAAAUAAUAAUGAAAGUUCAUCAAGAAGAGGUUCUUCAGAGCCUCAUGCAGAUGGUAGCUCUCUUCUUCGUGGGGACCAGCAAUCUCAAAUGGAACAGUCAAGGAGUGGUCAUGCUGAAGUUGGAUCCCUGCAUAACAAACCAGCAGAUCAUAGUAGAUUGGUGAAUAAUGACGCUGUUGCUAAUCAGGGGACUGAUGCCAAAGAUUAUGGAAAAACACAAAAAAGGUCUCUUGUCAGCUCACAACAUCAAGACUCCAGGCAAGGAAUUGGUUCACGCAAGGGAAAGGGAAAGAAGUCCAAGAAAUCUAACACAUUGAAAAAUGCUAAUGACAACAAACGUAAAGAUGUUUCCAAUAUUCAAGGUCAUAAAGAUAAGUGCAAAAGGAGUGUAUCUCCUGCAUAUGAUGAUACUUUGUACUCAAAGUAUGACAAAGCAGAGCCAGAGCUUAAAGAACCUAUCAAAAGUUUCUCUCAGUAUAAAGAAUAUGUGCAAGAAUUCCUUAAAAAGUACGAAAAUUACUGCUCAUUGAAAAAGAUCUUGGAGAGCUAUAGGAAUGAAUUUCAGAAGCUUGGAAUGGACCUUGAGAGUGCUAAGGAUAGAGAUACAAAAAGAUAUUAUGAGAUUUGGGCACGGCUGAGAGAAAGCUUUAAUCAGUGUGGAAUGCAGCACAAGCGGCGUAAGAAAAUGUUUCUUGUGCUUCAUGAUGAGUUGCAGCAUCUCAAACAAAGGAUUAAAGAUUUUGCUGCAGACUAUAUGCGAGAUUGAGAUUGUUCUGUUCUCGAUCAUAAAUUUUUCGUGUCUAUACCAGGGAUUACUGUAAAUAACGGCCAUUAGUUUAUAAGGUAUGUGAGCUUUAGUUCUUUUUGCUGUAGAUAAUGUUCUUGGUUAGAUUUAUAAUGUUAGUGCCUUAGCGGAGCUCACUGAAAUGUAGAAAUGGUUUAUGAAGUAUAUAAUUGGAUAACUAUGUUACUUGUUACUGAAUAGGAGUAACUUGCAAAAUCUUGAGGUGA